GCACAUAGCUUGUCUACUCGUGAAUUUAAGUUCCGUCGCUGUGGCUCCAUUGCUGAGCGCUGAUGCAAUAAAACCAACCACACUUGCAAUGCCAUGAUUCAGCUUAUUGAGAUAAGUCAUUUCUUGAAAAUUUACUAUUUGUUGAUGAAAUAAGCAUGGCACGCAUUCUAUUAUUAUAGACCUUUGUGUGGCAAAUAACAAAUACAGACUCAUCCUAAUUAUCACUCUAGCGUUUCAAGUAGUGGCUUUAAGAAAUAAUAACAAGACAACAUGAUAACUUUGGCUUUCAUUAUAUAACGUUAAUUUGAUGUUAAUAUUGACAAUCAGAUGUUCCUCCUCCUGACGAAUCGUAAAUUUUAUACGUACAUAUUUUCUGAUAUUUUGCUGGUGAUAUUGUGAAAAUUGUAUAUUGCUAAAUAAUUUAUAAAGAAUAACUAAAAUAACAGGAAAAAAAUUUAGAUAGUUUUGAUACCGAACUGACAUCGUCAGCUAUCGCAGGCGUUUGUUUCAGCCAUAAAUAACGAAAGUAAACAUGGGUUAUCAGACAAAAUGCAAAUUUCUAAUUCUUCAAACACUGCUGAUAGCAUUGGUGGCGGCCAGAAAACAUCACCUUGAAGUUCGCCAUGAUGUACGGCCAUAUAUAGCUUUGAGCACAUUCGGUUUCUAUAUUGGUGGACAUUUAGAUGUGCAGUUGAGUAAAUUACAUAUAGAAGAUGAGAAUGAAACAGAUUUGUUUGGCCUAACGUUAGAUAAAACUACAAUAGACCAAUUAAAUCCAUACUUGGACUCGCACCAAAACAGGUGCAUACUAGAGGAACCCGCAGAAAUGCAGCGCAGUGGUCCCAUUUUAAUAUUCUUAUUGGACUUGAAAAAUCAGCUCGUAAGAGUAAAAUGUUCGCCGGAGUGGAAGAAUCAACACAUUGUACGCAACCAUGAUGAGCUGCCUAUGUACCGUGGAAAGCGUUACUCUAAGCUUAGCGAUUCAACAAUCUUUCUACAACGCCGUAGACGUAGUGAUGACGCGGCCGUAGCACAGGCUGAUGAAAACGAUAUACCAUUGGAGGAACGUGAAAUGCUCGAUGACGAUGAUUCGGUUGAAGUGCCACAAAUAAUUUCAAAGCCAUCAUCUCCAUUGCCAGCUGUUAAUGCACCACUACCGACAAAAGUUGCCGCGUCAGCGGUACUCGCUGUUGCUGCCAAAGCGCCAAUAAUAGCUGAUGCUAAUAAAGAAGUUCAAUCUGUUGCAGAGGAAAAUCCAUUCCCUCACGAGCCGGAAAAAGUCGCACCUGCAAUUACGGCAACUCAAAUUAAUUUCGAAGAUAAUGCGCAGUUUGAGAUUUGCAGAAACUAUACAAUGCCACUGACAAAACGAGUUAUUGAUGGAAAGGUCUAUUAUAAUAUGUCGUUCUCCAUGCUUGUGGCCGCCUUGCAUGAUGAGGGUCUCUACAACCUGCACUUCCACUCUUGCCCCAAUUACAGGGGAUUAAAGGAGGUUUCUUUCGAUGUGGACAUUGAGGAGAAAAAUGAAAAUAAUUUCCUUUCCGCUGGCGAAAUGCCGCUCCCCGCUCUGUAUUCCAUGAUGAGCGUACUAUUUUGCCUGUCGGGCUUCUUCUGGAUCUUCAUUUUGAAGAAGAGCAAGCACAAUGUACACAAACUACACUACAUAAUGGCUUUGCUGGUGUUCCUUAAGUCUCUGUCGCUCAUGUUCCACGCCAUUAAUUAUCAUUUUAUCGAAAUACGCGGUGAACACGUCGAAGCUUGGGCGAUAUUGUAUUAUAUAACACAUUUGUUGAAAGGUUCCGUAUUAUUCAUUACAAUAGUGCUUAUGGGCACCGGCUGGACAUUCAUUAAGCCCAUACUCUCUGAUAAGGAUAAGAAAAUCUUCAUGAUUGUCAUACCGCUGCAGGUACUUGCCAACGUUGCUGAGAUCAUAAUUGACGAGUCCGAAGAGAGCGACAUUGAGUUCCGCACUUGGCGCAAUAUUUUCAUCUUUGUCGAUCUGCUUUGUUGCGGUGCCAUACUCUUCCCGAUUGUCUGGUCCAUACGCCAUUUGCAUGAGGCAUCGGCCACCGACGGCAAAGCUGCCAUAAAUUUGCGCAAACUCAAGCUUUUCCGUCAAUUCUACAUAAUGAUAGUUUGUUACAUUUACUUCACACGCAUCAUUGUAUAUCUGCUGAAGAUGACCGUGGCAUUCCAGUACGCUUGGCUGGAUGAGAUGUUCCACGAAAUGGCAACGUAUGUGUUCUUCGUCUUGACUGCUUAUAAAUUUCGUCCGACUUCAUCGCAUCCAUACUUCUCGGUGCGCAAUAUGGACGAUGACGAAGUGGAAGUACUUACUGAAUCUGGCCUCACAGAGGGCUUACAUCGCACGAAGGCGCUUAACCGCACUGUAUUGCCGCCAGCUGGCUCCACACUACUUAAAAGCACAGCUGAAGAACGUGAGAACUUAAUAACAAAACGUGAAUCGAGUCAUGAGUACGAUUAA